AUGUUACGUAUUGAAUUAAUCGAAAAAUCAGGGUAUUUAGGAGAACAGCACAAUGUCACAACUGAAGAUGGAUAUAUUUUAACUGUGUUUCGAAUACUAAAGAGUCCCUCAGAGUUCUCAAAUAAAAGUGUUGAUAAACCAGUUAUUUUUAUGCUUUGUGCUUUACCAACUAAUUCAGAUGCCUGGUUAGUGAGGGGUCCAAAAAGAAGUCUAGCUAUGCAACUUGUUGAUGAAGGAUACGACGUUUGGCUGGGAAAUUAUCGUGGCACAACUUAUGGACGUAGUCAUGUUAAAUUGUCUCCAGAUGACAAAAAAUUUUGGGACUAUAGCUUUCAUGAACAUGGAUAUUAUGAUGUUCCUGCAAGUAUUGAUUUUGUUCUCAAUAUUACGAAUCAAAAUUCAUUGAUAUAUAUUGGUAUGUCCAUGGGGACAACAAGCAUAUUUAUCACAUUAUCAGAACGUCCAGAAUAUAAUUCAAAAAUUCAACUAGUCAUAUGUCUUGGCCCUGUUGCUGGUGGCUUUCGACAAUUUGAUUAUGAAAGUAAUAUUAAAAAUAUACAGCAUUAUGGAAAAUCAAAACCACCAAAAUACAAUUUAAAAAACGUCAAAUCACCUAUGUUAUUUUUUUACGGUGAAAAUGAUCCACUAUCAACAGCCAAAGAUUCUGAAGAAAUUAUAAAAAGAGUAUCAAGCAAAGUUCUUGCUGAACCAGUUCCUCACAAAGCCUUUUCUCAUUUCGAUUUUGUUCUAGCUAAAGAUGUCAAAAAAUUACUCAAUGAAAGAAUAAUCGAGCGACUAUAUCAAUUUGCAAAUAAGAAAAUUUUCUUUGAUGAUACUCAAUUAAUCAAUACGAGUUCCAUUAAAUCACUUGAUUAA